AUGCGUUUCCAUAGUCUCGCAGUUGUUGGCCUUCUGUCAGGCUCUGCGCUUGCAGUUCCCAGAGUCAGUAAACGAUCUGAUCCGGCGAAUAGCGGGCAGCCUAUCAACAACGAGAAUGGCAGGGGCGCUCCUUUGCUAGGUGGAACGAACAAGGCAGUGGAUCUCCAGAAUCCAGAUCAACUUCGCACUCCGACCACCGACAACGGCUUCGUCCCUAAUGUCAAGUGGAGUUUCUCCCAGUCGCAGACCAGGCUGUUCCCUGGUGGUUGGUCUCGUGAGCAGGUCAUUCAGGACCUACCACAGAGCCAUGACAUUGCUGGUGCUCAGCAGCAUUUGAAGAAGGGAGCCACCCGUGAGCUGCACUGGCACCGAGUGGCUGAAUGGGGCUUUGUGUACAACGGAUCUCUCCUUCUCACCGGCGUUGAUGAAAACGGAGGUUUCACCACUGAGGUGCUGGAAACUGGUGAUAUCUGGUACUUCCCCAAGGGUGUUGCCCACAAUGUCCAGGGUCUGGAUGAUGAGAACGAGUACCUGCUUGCCUUUGAUGAUGGUGACUUUGAGAAGAUCGGGACGACUUUCAUGGUCGAUGAUUGGAUUGCCCACACUCCCAAGGAGAUCCUGGCCAAAAACUUUGGUGUUAAUGCUUCUGUCUUUGACAACGUCCCUGCUAAGUUCCCAUACAUCUUGAACGGCACUGUCAGCUCGGAUCUUGCCAAGGCACCCGAGGGUACUCUGAAGGGCAACAGCUCCUAUGUCUACCAUACAUACAAGCAUCCCUCCGAGCCUGUUCCCGGCCACGGUGGAACUUUCCGCAAGAUUGACUCUACAAACUUCCCGAUCUCCAAGACCAUCGCAGCUGCCAUCGUCGAGCUUGAGCCCAAGGGUCUGCGUGAGCUGCACUGGCACCCUAAUGCCGAGGAAUGGCUUUACUUCCACCAGGGUAAUGCCCGUGCAACUGUCUUCCUUGGAGACUCCAAGGCUCGCACUUUCGAUUUCACUGCUGGAGAUACUGCUGUCUUCCCUGAUAACAGUGGCCACUACAUCGAAAACACCUCUGAGACUGAGAAGCUCAUUUGGGUUGAAUUGUAUAAGAGUGACCGUGUCGCCGAUAUUUCGCUUGCUCAGUGGCUCGCUCUGACCCCGGCUGAUACUGUUGCGAAUGUUCUGAAGGUUGACAUUGAAGUCAUUCACCAGAUCAAGAAGCAGAAGCAGAUCCUGCUUCCGGGUAAAUGA